AUGCGGCCCUCUACCCCACUGUCGGCGGCCCUGCCCCCGCUGGUAAUGGGCACAGCAACCUUCAACUCGCAAUACAACGCAGACCCAUUUGCCCUCCCAACAACAGAGCUUGUCCAGCGCGCCCUCAAGCGCGGUAUCCGCGCCUUUGAUACAUCUCCCUACUACGGCCCUGCCGAAGAGCUCCUCGGCCGCGCCCUUGCAACCGACUUCGUGCAAUCCCACUUCCCGCGCGACUCCUACCACAUCCUCACAAAAGUCGGCCGUGUCGCAUCCUCCACAUUUGACUACUCGCCAGUCUGGAUCAGACACAGUGUGCGCCGCAGUCUCCAACGUCUACACACCUCCUACUUGGACGUCGUAUACUGCCACGACGUUGAAUUCGUCUCCCCCGCAGAAGUUCUAACCGCCGUACGGGAAUUGCGCCGCCUCCGCGAUGAAGAGGGUCUGCUCCGCUAUGUCGGUAUCUCCGGCUACCCCGUCGACGUACUGAGCGAUCUCGCCGAACUUGUCCUUCGCGAAACAGGCGAACCGCUCGAUAUCGUCAUGUCGUAUGCGAACUACACACUCCAAAACACCAGAUUGCGAUCAGUCGCGCUGCCUCGCCUUCUUGCUGCGGGUGUCGAUGUCGUUCCGAAUGCCUCGCCGCUUGGUAUGGGACUGCUUCGUCGUGAUGGCGUGCCGAUCGGCUCGAUGGGCGACUUCCACCCUGCGCCGGAUGCGCUGCGCCGUGCUAUCGGUGGUGCGGCCGAGUGUGCUGCUCGCCAUGGAGAGAAGCUGGAGGUUGUUGCCAUUCGCUUUGCGCUGGAGUCGUGGUUAAGAGCUGGAGCUAAGGCUGGAGCCCUCGGGGCGCCGUUGGCGAAGACAGCGGAUUCCGAUGCGGGGUUCUUGUCCAUUGCUAAUCUUGGGACUGGCAAGCGACUUGGUGUCAGCGUUAUGGGAGUCAGCAAUAUUGAGGAAUUGGAUGAGACGCUGCGUGUCUGGCACAGUAUUGUCGAUGGACUGGAGAACUGGAAUGACGAUGACGACCACGAUAUCGAGAGCAGAAUCCGAUCUGCUGGUUCCUGUACCCCCAGUCAGGAUGGAGUUGUUACCGGUGCUGUUCCUUCGUCUGCGACACACGCCUCUAACAUCCUUACUCCCUCCGAAGGUCUUAUCACCGAUCACGUUUGGUCUCGGGAGCGUGAGGUUUAUAUUCUGCAGCUGGCGAAGGAGAUUCGGGAUAUCCUGGGUUCACAGUGGGUAGACUAUGUGUGGGAUAGCCCUGGUCCCGAUUUCCAGAACUAUCUGCCUGAUGAGCAUAUUGCUGCUUUGCAGAGGAUUGUUGCGGAGGAGGCUGGAGGGUUGAAGGACGUUCCUGGUGUUGAGCCUAGUGGGUUUGAGGCCAUGCCCACGCCGCCGUUGGAUGCAGAGAAGCAGCUUGCUUAG